UGAGAUGGCAUCAACAGCUGAGAACCUCUCAGAAAGCCAAUCCACCACUAGAUCUUGUCCCAAUCAUGCAGUCAACCUGCUGAAAGGCUUUACAUCACUGUGGGAAGAUGGCACACUUUGUGACCUGUUACUUACCAGCUUCGAUGGUCAGACAUUUCCUGUUCACAAGGUCUUGCUCUCUACGUGUUCACAAACCAUCAAGAAAAAUUUUAAUUGUCUGAGACAGGGAGAGACUUUUAAGUGUGGUAAAGCACUGCCAGCGGCAUUGUCAUUAGUUGUACAUUACAUCUACACAGGUGUACUGUGUGUUAAUGAGGAAAGUGUGGGUGCUGUCAACAGCAUUGCAGAACUAUUGGAGAUGGAAUCACUGAAGGCAGUGUGCAAGUUUACAAAAGACGGCAGAACUCAAGACAUACAGACAGAGGAACAAGUGUUUCGCCUCACAAGAAGUGAUGAAGGACUUCAGUGUCAAAGAUAUGACACAGGUCUGAGAAAGGAAACUUGCAAUGCUGCUAGCUUGUCAGGAACAUUGAGUAGCACUCUAAGCAAUAAAUUUACCAUACCUGCACACAGGUUGUCAAAAAUUGACAAAUUCCCAGAGGAGCAGAGUGACAGUAUGUGUAUGGUGAAUGAUAAUCACUUCGAAGAAGUAGUGCAGGGUCUGCAGCAGUUGCGUACUGACGUCACCACGUGUGACGUUGUGCUGGUGGCGGAACACGCCACCUUCCCUGCACACCGCGCUGUUCUGUCUGCCUGUAGUGACUACUUCAGGGCCAUGUUCACAGUUGGUAUGCGUGAGUGUGGAGAGAAGAAGGUGACCCUACUUGGCCUGACAUCUGUGGGUGUGUCUGCUGCUGUACACUACAUGUACACUGGGGAGGUCCAUCUGUCUGAUACAGCUCUACAGGAUGUACUGGAGGCUGCCAGUGUCCUCCUCAUCAAUGAUGUGCUAGACAUCUGUUUGGAACAUCUGAUAGAGACAAUGUCAGUUGAUUCCUGUCUGACACGACUUCACCAGGCAGACUGUUACAGCCUGGACAGACUAGAGACAGCUGCAGAUGACUUUAUCUUAGCACACAUCACUCAAGUGUCCAAACUGCCCCAAUUUCAGGACUUGGUGUGUGAUAAGCUGUGUGAAUAUCUGGACAGUGACCACUUGGGUGUUUCCAAUGAGCUGGAGACCUUCCGUGUAGCACUUACCUGGCUCAACCACGACUUUCAAACAAGACGGCAGUUUGCUGGUCAGGUGAUGAGCCAUGUCCGUUUUCCCCUGCUGUCCAUAGAGGACCUGGUACGACAUGUACGGACGGUGGACUUCAUGAGGAGGGACCAGGACUGCCGUGCUCUGGUUAUGGAGGCAACACGGUAUCAGAAGUGCCCUACCCAGCAGAUCCUUCAGCAGACCCGCCGUACACAGGUCCGCUCAGCCAGUCAGGUGUUGGUGGUGGUGGGAGGGUCCACUGUGGAGGGGGAGGCAGAUGAGAGUAGGGAGGAGGACCGUUGGCAGUAUGCCGCGGGUCUGGACGUCGGGCUGCUCGGACACGCCUGCUGUGUCCAUGGCAACGGGGUCUAUAUCAGCGGUGGGCGCAGCAUCGCUCGCGGGAGGAACGGCUUCCGCCUGUACGACCCCGAAUCAGGCGUGACGGAGCUCGCCCCACUGAGACAUGCCAGGAGUAACCACGCCAUGGUGGCGGUCCCCGGCAGGUUCCUGGUGUUCGGGGGUGAAAACGGCACAACCACCAUCGCACAGGUGGAGAUGUACAGCCUGGCUGGAGUGGGAAAAGUGGGAGUGGAGCAUCAUGGGAAGGCUACCGUACAAGUGUGAUGGGAUAGCGGCGGCCAUUUUGACCUUGCCAGAACAGUUCAAGAGAGAAGCGGAGGCAAGGACAAGAUCGGGGUCACAUUCACAUGCUGGAUGAAUACCAAACAUUAGCUCAAUAAAAAUGACAAUACACUGUAUUGAAAAAGGCUAAAAACUAGGCUACAAAAACAUGCGAAUAAAGGGCAGAAAUGAUAAUUUUAUAUGAAUAUGAGUAGAAAUGAUAUA